GCAAUCGGAUUAUAAUUGUUCAUCCAACUCAAAGUAAAUAAGUGAUUAUGUAAUGCCGUUUUCAUCCAAAUUGAACGGAUUUGGAUGAGGAUGGAACGGAGAAGUGUCCGACCGGCCCUUUGACCCUCGGUGGAAUUCAGAGAAGUUUUUAAUGUAGUUCAUUUUCUAGAUUACCAAACAAGGAAAGACUAUGAUCAGCUCAAUUCCCUCUCCCAGCCCGUUGAAUCGGUUGACAUCCGCUCACCGAUUUCGCGCUAAAACUAAGACGAAGGGUCCAGCAAUUUCUGCUCGUCUUGACGAUUCUAAGAACUCGGCUAAUCAGCAACUCAAUCUCUCUGUCCUUCGGUUCACACUCGGGAUUCCUGGGUUGGAUGAGUCUUACUUACCCAGAUGGAUUGGAUAUGGAUUUGGUUCUCUUCUUCUAUUGAAUCACUUUGUUGGCUCGAAUUCAGCUGCUCUCACCACCCCUGCGCAGUUAAGAACUGAAGCUUUAGGCGUUUCUUUGGCAGCAUUUUCCAUUGCACUCCCCUACUUGGGAAAGUUUCUUAAGGGUGCAGUUCCAUCUGGCGAAGCUACCCUCCCUGGAGACACUGAGCAAAUAUUUCUCUUGUCACAAAUUGUAUCGGAUAAUGUGAAGGAAGAUUUGGCUUGGGCAACAUACAUAUUGCUGCGCAAUACAAACAGUAUAUCAGUGUUAAUACAGAUUCAAGGGGCGUUAUGUGUUCGAGGAUACUGGAAUAGUCCAAAUGAUAUAUCAGGAGCAGAUUUACUUGCCUGGUUUGAGGAGCAGCUUCAGAUCAUUGGCCUAUCUGCAUUAAAGGAUGCCCUCUAUUUCCCUCAGAUUUCAGAAUCUGGACUCUGGCAAAUGCUGCCCGAGGGCACUCGCUCGGUUUUGGUACAACCGGUGGUUCAAAAUCUAAAGCAAAAUGGCAGUGAGAUGGAAAAGAUGGGAGGAUUCAUACUGCUGGCCUCAAGUUUAAGUUAUGCAUUUGGCGAUAAAGAUAGAGCCUGGAUAAGAGCUCUUGCUAACAAGUUUGAUGACAGGGCCAUCCUCUGAUAUUCAUGUGGACCUAAGUAAUGCUUAGCAGAUAUUGGCAUGAAAACUUGGACAUGUUGCAGCAUCAAAAUCUCUUGAGACCCUUGGAUUUCGCCUGAUCUGCUGAACUCAACGCUUUUCCUCAAAUGUAAAUUGUUGGGAUGAAGAUGUAAGAAUCCAUUAGAGUCUGUUUGGACGUGAAGAAAAAUGCACAUGAAAAAAUAUUUGAAGAAAAUGAGGGCAUACAGCUAUCCUAAACUCCUAGUAACCAUUUCUUAGUGGUUCUUUCUUUCUCAUUAAGCUGAAAAUCUUGAUAUACUCUCCAAAGUUAGGAUAUUAAAGACUUUUCUGGGCAGAAGAAAUAGAAACUGAGCUCCUGAGGUCGCCAUCAAGUCUCAGCGGGUUCACUGAAGUACAGC